UAUAAACGAAUUAACGCAAAAGAUAAGCCAGUUACCAUUGAGAGCUGUCGAAGGCGAGAUGAAGAGUCUUACGUUUGGUCUUUUGCUUUUCCUGGCUUUCCAUGCCGGCGAUUUUCAUUCCUACCAUGUGGGGGGUUGUCCCAACAUCGAGCCCCAGAGGGAUUUCGACAUGAAUAAGAUGUUGGGCAUUUGGUAUGUGAUCCAAAAGACCAGUACAGCCAGCUCCUGCAUCUUGUACAACUUCACCAGGACCGAUGAGCCUGGAGUCUAUCAAGUCGAAGAGACCAGUCAACACUUCUUGCUCAGUUUGACGCCACUGAAACAUGGUUACCAUUACAGGGGCACCCUGAAGGUGCUUGACGAAAGCAUCCCAGCUAGAAUGUCUGUCAAAUUCCCACUGAGUGUUGCCGGAAGCUCUUCCUUCACAGUCUUCUCAACAGAUUAUGACACGUACGCCGGAAUCUAUUCGUGCCAAAGCCUAACCUUUGCCAACAGACAAUCCGCCACCAUUUUAUCCAGAACCAAAACCCUGGACAAAAUGUACUUGGACAAACUAAGGUCAAAGCUGUCACAAUCCAGCAUCGACCCCUUCGACCUCUCAAUCAUCAAACAGAAAGACUGCCCCAGAAACCAAACCGAAGGCUACAACUUCAACAUCAACGAAGAAACCAUCUCGGCGCACGCCGCAGCCGACCUGGUCCGCAAGGCGGGCGAGAAAAUAGGCGACGGCGUCGAAUAUGUGGCCGACAAAUCGAAGGCCGUUUACCACAAAAUUGCUGACGGCGGCGACGAUAAGCUGGAGAAGUUCCAAAGGAUGGUCACCCCCGACCCCAACUCCGAAUGGUUGCCAUAAAUUUCUCAACUGUUUAUGCCAUGACUUUAGACUUAAGUAUUGACUAUUUAUGACUGAAUAAUAAAUUAAUUAAGUACUUUAA